AUACAUAUUUACAAUAAUAGUAGUUCGUGAUCAAAUCACAUCAAAUGCAUAUGAGUGUGUAAUUAAAUACAUGCAUGUUGAUGCACAUGUUUGGGAUCCAAUAAAACCAUUAACAGAUUCUUGUAAUUUGAUAUUUUGAUCCUAACACACCAAUCAUUAACUGCAGUAUAUGAGAGAAUGCAUCCUUGGGAACUUCAGGAGGAGAUUGCUUGCAGCACUUAAAACUGAUAAUGAUCUUCAACGGCCUUCUAUUUUGGAGUCUCUGAUUCGCAGACAUAUCAGCAUUGUCCAUCUUGCAGAGCAGCAUAUUAGCAUGGAUUUAACCAAGGGUAUUAGAGAAGUUUUGCUCACAGAAGCCUUCUCAGGACCAGUUUCCUCUCUGCACUUGUUUGAAAAAGUGACAGAACAACCUACUGGAUCAGCUGCUGAAGCUGUAUGUAACUGGUACAUAGAAAAUAUAAUCAAAGAUGUAUCAGGUGCUGGAAUCCUGUUUGCACCCAUUCAUAAAUGUUUCAAGAGCACAAGGCCUGUUGGUGGAUACUUUGCAGACUCAGUUGCUGAUCUGAGAGAACUACAGGCCUUUGUUCGUAUUUUUGGUGGCUAUGGAGUUGACAGGCUAGACCAUCUGCUGAAAGAACACACAGCUGCUCUUUUAAAUUGCAUUGACACGUCAUUGCGCUCAAACCAUGAAGUGCUAGAUGCAGUAGCUGGCAGCCUGCAUUCUGGUGACAGAAUAGAGAGAGAGGCAUCUAUGAAACAGGUUGUUGAUUUGGAUACAGUGAUUGAAUUUUGUGUUCAGGCUGGGCUAGCCCUGGCUUUUGAUGGGCUUCUGGCUGAAGCUGCUGGAGCUGUGCUUGAAGAAGGUGCACCCUUGAUAUAUUCAUUACUAGCUGAGGUAGUUAAGCAUGUACCUGAUGCAAAACCUGAAAAGAAGGAAAUUAGGAGAUUGAAAGGAGUGGCAAAUAGUGUCAGUGUGGUCUGUGACCAUGAUUCCCAGUGGGUGAGUUCAGUCUUGGGAGAAGUCAGGGGUGCAAAUGAUGGUUCGUGGAGCCUGUUACCAUAUUUAUUUGCCACCUUCAUGGCAUCUAAUGUUUGGAACACCACUGCCUUCAAUGUUGAAACAGGGGGCUUCAAUUGCUUGGCAAGGUGGGUAUGCAGUCAUUUUUCCAUAAGUGAGCAUGUUAGACUAGAACGUGAGCAUCAGCAGAGACAAUCUUUCUCAAAUGGACAUGUUGAUGAGACACUAGAUUCUGAAAUACAGAGCCGUUUGUCAGCUGAAGCAAGCAUAAAGUCCACAAUGCAACUCUUUGUAAAAUUCUCUGCAGGGAUUAUACUAGAUUCUUGGAGCGAAACUAACAGAUCUCAUCUUGUUGCACAGGUCAUCUUCCUAGAUCAACUUUGUGAUAUCUCUCCAUACCUUCCAAGAAGUUCUCUGGAACUCCAUAUUCCUUAUGCCAUUCUUUGGUCAAUAUAUAGCCAGUACUACACGAAUAAUCCAUCCACACUGCUGGCAUUACUAACUGUAUCACCCUGCCAUUCUCCUGCUGUAUCACUAUCACAUGCAUCCCCUGUAAUAAGGCAGGGCCGUAGUGACUCAACUCCUCAGUAUCUCACUAAUGAUUCAGGCUAUUUUAAAUCAGCAUCAUCAUCAUAUAGUCAGGAGCACAUCAAUCAAUAUAUUACUAAAAGCUGA